CCGAUUGUCCACUGUGUUAAAGCGACAGAGGUUUUGCGCGCCAAAACACGCAAAGAAGCCUCGAGUUUCUUUCAUGGCGAUAAGGAUAGCGGAGGAGUCGAUGUAGAUGGCAUCGCUCUCUUCACAUCUAGACGAAGACGACUUCGACUGGGAGGCGGCCGUUCGUGAGAUUGACUCUGCCUGCGAAUCAGCCAUUCCUUCCACCACGAAUGGGGAGGUGCUUACACCAAUCCCUCCACCCAUUGGGCCAUCCAGCUCUGUCGCCAGUGCUGGUGGAGUUUGCCCUAUGCCGGGGGUGCCACUCUGCCGGGCGCGGCAGUCCACGCUUGAUAGAUACGUGAACAGUUUUGCGAAAGAAAAGAGUAAAGUCUGCUUCCAAGGGAACGUAGCAGAGGCCCAUUGUGUGAGAGAUGAUGCUUCUGAAGCAGAAGAUGGAACUCCAUCAGUUAGCAUUGAUCUUGAAGCUGCAAAAACCUGGAUUUAUCCAGUUAAUAUCCCCCUUCGUGAUUACCAAUUUGCAAUUGUUAAAAAUGCCCUAUUUUCAAAUACACUGGUCGCAUUACCAACUGGUCUUGGCAAGACUCUCAUUGCUGCUGUUGUAAUGUAUAACUACUUUAGAUGGUUUCCUAAAGGUAAAAUUGUCUUUGCUGCUCCUUCACGGCCUCUUGUGAUGCAGCAGAUCGAAGCAUGUCAUAACAUUGUUGGGAUCCCUCAGGAGUGGACAAUUGAUAUGACAGGUCAGAUGAGUCCUCCAAAGCGGUCAAGAUUUUGGAAAGCUAAAAGAGUCUUCUUUGUCACCCCACAAGUGUUUGAAAAGGACAUUCAAUCUGGCAUAUGCUUGGUGAGACAACUUGUCUGUUUGGUUUUUGAUGAAGCUCAUCGAGCUAUGGGAAACUAUUCUUACUGUGUUGCAGUUCGAGAGUUGAUGGCAAUGCCUGUGCAACUAAGAAUAUUAGCUUUGACUGCAACUCCAGGAUCAAAGCACCAGACAAUUCAGAAAGUCAUUGAUAACCUAUGCAUUUCAACCCUAGAGUAUCGCCAUGAAAGUGAUCGUGAUGUAAGUCCAUAUGUGCACAGCAGGAAACUUGAAUUAAUAGAGGUCCCAAUGGGCAAGGAUGCUAUUGGAAUCAAUAGUAUUCUUUUACAGGCUAUACAGCCAUUUGUUGCUCGCCUUAGGGACAUUGUAGCACUUCCUCAGAGGGACUUCUCAACCUUGAGUCCAUCUGAAUUACUCAAUUUAAGGGACAAAUUUCGUCAAGCACCGCCACAUAAUUUGCCUACUUCGAGGCAUGGAGAAAUAGAGGCAAAUUUCUGCGCUCUUAUCACCUUUUAUCACAUAAGGAAGUUACUUUCAAGCCAUGGUAUAAGGCCAGCUUAUGAGAUGCUCCAGGAGAAGUUGAAAAAAGGGUCAUUUUCCAAGCUUGUUUCUAAGAUUGAGGCUUUUUGGAAAGCAAAGCUCUUGAUGGAACAAAGCUUGUCUCAUGGUGCUCCAACUCCCAAAAUGGUUAAAUUGUUGGAAAUUUUGGUUGAUCAUUUCAAAACAAAAAAUCCCAAUGACUCGAGAGUUAUCAUUUUCUCAAACUUCAGGGGAAGUGUUAGAGAUAUAAUGAAUUAUUUAUCCAACAUAGAAGAUAUGAUUAAAGCUACGGAGUUUAUAGGGCAGAGCUCAGGGAAAACUUUAAAAGGGCAGACUCAGAAAGUGCAGCAAGCAGUUUUAGAGAAAUUUCGUUCUGGUGGAUUCAAUGUCAUUGUUGCAACAUCAAUAGGUGAAGAAGGUCUUGAUAUUAUGGAGGUUGACCUUGUCAUCUGCUUUGAUGCCAAUGUAUCACCCCUGAGAAUGAUCCAGCGCAUGGGACGGACUGGCAGGAAGAAUGAUGGCCGAGUUGUUAUUCUAGCAUGUGAAGGAUCUGAGCUGAAGGCUUAUUUGAAGAAAAAAGCUAGCAGUAAAGCUAUGAGGAAGCAUAUGCAUAAUGGAGGAAUCACAAGCUUUAAUUUCCAUCCUAGUCCAAGAAUGGUUCCCCAUAUAUGUAAACCACAAGUUCAGUAUCUUGAAAUGUCAAUAGAACGGUUCAUUCCCCGUGGGAAGAAGGUGAAAAAUGCAGCCAUAGAUAGAUCACCAUUUUCAAGAAAUAUAUCUAAUGAGGAACUAAAUCUAAUUUCCAAGUACUUCCCUCAAUCUGGAGAUGCUACAUGGAAACCAUCUCUUAUUGCCUUCCCCAGCUUUCAGGCGUUGUCCUCUCAAGUAAGUAGAGUGAGACAUUCGUUCAAAACAACGGCAAUGUUCAUUGAAGCCAUGCAAGAUCUUCAAGGACUGUCGUUUUCUAAAGUAAAUAACGAUAGCUUUAUUGAGGUUGAGACCUCAAGUCAGCCACAAUAUGAAUUAAGCACUCCCCGUGAUAAUAUUAGACAAGGACCACAAGACUCUGUUUUCCAUUGCACUGCUGACGGUGAUGGUGCCCCCUUUCAAGUAUCAACUGGGGAAGUUUUAGAGGUGAAAGUUAGUUCUCCUAGGCCUCAGCAUGCUUUCCAGAAGCGGAAACCUCAUUGCUUUCUCUUUGGCGAAGGUUCUGUUAUCCUAAAUUCAUUAGGAAGCGUUCUCAUUACCUGUGUUCCUGUCCUUCAACAUAAAGGAUCCAAAUAUUCUGAAGCUAUUUUGACUGAAAACGGUUUAUUGACUGAAGGACCUAAGCCUAAAAACACAAAUGAUGCUUCUUCUCUAAAGUUAUCAGGAAACCCAACUAUGCAGGUUGAAAAUCCUGAAGUAAAAGCUUCUACUGAUCUGCAGCAAUCGAACAAUGGGCCAUUAUCUAGUUUGUUUAUUCAAGCAACCCGAAUUGAGCAGGAGAAUGUGAAGCAUCUAUCUAAAAUGCCAGAUUGUAAGUUGAAACAUAGAGAGCCAGCUGAUGAACCAGCUACCGGAAAAAAUAGUAAUAUGGAAGAUGUUUUGCCUUCAUCCGUUGGCAGAUCAAGAAAUGAAGCAACCUACAUUGAGCUGAGCCCCAGGCUAACUCAUUUCAUCAAGGAAGGAAUUGUUCCAGAGUCUCCUGUUCUAAACGUAGAUCAUCAUUUGCCCACGGUAGAAAAAAACCAUUUUUUAAGCCACUCUUUGGAGGAUGAUAAGGAUACUAGAUGUCAGGGCCCGAGACAUGUCGAUAAGCUUUCUGUGGUCAUGUUAGAUGCGCUCUCUGUAAACGAUUCAUUUAGCAUGAAUGAGAAGGAAAUGAAAAUAGUGAAAAAUACCAUGUUUGAAAAUACAAAUGAUAGUAACAUAGCCUGUACAAUAAAUGAGGCUGUUCAGAGACUUGCUAAUACAACAAAUGCGGCAGUCCAUACUCCUAAAACAAUGAAACACAGCUCAAGUGAGGAUUGGAAGUGCAAUUCUGGAGAAGCCUCAAUUUCAUUCUUUCAAGCUCCUAAAUAUAAGCGAUUACGCAAGCACGGAGAUGUAAUCAGAAAGCUUCCGGUUAAGACUUUGCACAAAAGGUUUAAAUUGGUUGAAAAAACUCGUGGCAGUGCUUUGAAUACUGAAGAUAACGAAUUAAAUCGUACCUACGGUGAGAAAGAAAAAGCAAUUAGACAUGUUGACGCCUUCGUUGACGAGGAAGCUGAGGUGUCAGGCGAUGCAUCAGUUUCAGAGGAUGAGUUGGUUGAUGAAAAGAAUGACCAGUACGAUGAUAGCUUUAUUGAUGAUAGAAUAAAUCCAACAGAAGGAUCCGCAGAAGCAGAAAAUAGUGAAGUUGACAUGAUAGCUUUUUACAGGCGCUCUCUGCUUACCCAGUCGCCAAUGGUACUUCCAGCGAAAUUUCUACCAACUUCCCAUGAGCCUCUUUCUUCAGGAACAGCUGGGAGCUGUUCACCUGACAAAAAAAUUAAUCUUCUGGAGACUCCUCAGGAUGGUUUGCUUUCUGUGAAUCAGCUGGACGAUAAAAAUUCAGCAAUUUGUAAUGCUGCAUCAGUAAUUUCUGUGUCAGGCGAAGCUGGUAAUCACAGCGAGAGAUGCUCCGAUAAAUUAGAAAGCAGAAAAAGAAAGCUUUUCUUUCAACCUUCCGACGCCAUACCAAAAGAGAAUUUGAACUCUCAGCUACGGUGCCAAAUGCAAUCAGCGCAAGCUGAAAGCAACCUUAAUCAUCCAGCGCAAGCUGAAAGAAACCUUAAUCAUCCACCGAAGGUCGCCAAAUUUGAUGCUUUUCUUUCAUUUGAUGAUGAUUUCUAUCAGGAUCUUGAUCUUGAUGAGGUUGAGGCUCAAGCUACUAAGCUCUUAAGAUUCAGAUCAGAAUCAUCAUUUGGGAAAUCACAAUCUGCUCUUCAUGAUCAUUCAGCACAGAUUGAUGAGGUUACAAAUACUGGAAUCAACUUCAUCUGCUCACCCAAAUUUGAUUUAGGAAUUUGAUGAUUUUUAAUGUGAAAGAUGGGAAAUUGUUACUUUCCAAAGGGCAACAGCUUCACAUUGGUUACUCUUAGAGUUGAUUUUUUAUAUCUGAGGCUAUAAAGUAUUCCAGGAAUGAAAUAAGUAAUUAUUGAAAUUAUUAUUUGCCUGUAGAAAUGCAGAUACAGGGAUUUUGUAUUUGAUGCUGUCAACAAAUUGACAGCAAUUAUGCUUUGUACAAAGAGAAAUUGUAUAUGUAUGAAGAACAACAAAGGAAAUAAAAGGUGGGUUUUUUCUGAUUUA